AUGGGAAAUCAGAUUCAAAAAAUCAAUCGAAAAAUAGAUUAAUUGCUUUUUAAGGCCUACGAUUAUUUGAUAAAAGAGGAAGAGAUGUCAGACAAGACUGUGGAUGUGCUUUCAACAGAUGACUACAUUAAUGAAAUCUUUGAGGAGCCAAGAGAGGGCUAAAUCGAGGAGAAAUUCGAAGGUUUAAAUCUAUAUAGGAAUAAAUCCAAAGUAAUAACCAAAACAACUGAGGAGGAAUUGGGCAGCAAAAGGAAAUCGAAGUCUUAAUUACUUUCUGAUAGAAAGAGCAAUAAAAAAAUUUGUGAAAAUAAAGAAAAUUAUCUUUACAGCUGA